UCGCUGACAUUCGAAAGAAGAACAACAAAAUGUAGGCAGCUUCCUACAAACUGUGAGCAAAUUUUGAUUAAUAAAGUGAAAAUUCUCGUGUUGAAUCGUGAAAACCUAAUCUUCUACUAUGUGGAUCCCUCCACGGGAAUGUGCUAUGCCAUUUGCCCUCUGGGACAGUGAAGCGACUUUUACCAGUUCCAACUAUUUCCUGCUGCAGCACAGGAAAGGACACGGUGGCCAACGGGGAUUUGGGUCCAUGCUGGUCGGAACAUUGGACAAUGUUCUGGACACCAAACCAUCGCCCUAUCGGAUCUUGCAUGUCCAACCAUCGACCGGAUUGUAUUAUGAAAUUGCUUCCGAUAUAACUCUGGAAGCCAUCCUGAAGGACUGGGACUGGCUGUCGCAGAAUCUGUUCCGCGUCAUCAACGAGAUGGAAACGGAGGAGGAGAUUACGAACUUCAUUAUCUGCAAGAUUCAAUCGUUGUUAGCGCACUGCUCUCGCACCACCGAAGAGAUGGUAGAUCCCACCAGUUUCCAGAUCAUGGUCAACAAGUUCCGGGAGAAGUUCAAGAUGCCCGAGGACGAGAAACUGGUCAGCCACUACUCGUGCAGCUACAUGAAGAAAGUUCCCCGCCAGGGUCAAAUGUAUCUGUCGUUGAACCACCUGUGCUUUUAUUCGUACAUAUUUGGCGCCGAAAGUAAACUGCGCUUUCGGUACAAUGAACUCACCGAUAUCCGGAAAUCGGGCAAUAUGAUAACGAUCAGAACGUCUCAAGACAAGGAAUACAUGUUCGUUUUUCUGUAUUCGCCGAGCGAAGUUUACAAUCUAAUCGAACAGCUCAGUAAAAUAACGAUGCAAAAGCUGAUUCAGGAUCCCGAUAGGCCGAUCGUGGAUCACGAUCCAGUGGUGGUGGGAAGAAAGAUGGAGAAAAACGUGAGCCAGAAAACGAAACUGCUGCGAGAUUUAACAGCCCGGCAGUUGUCGGACGAGUAUCGUGCCUACUUCCGGCUGCCGGGAUCGGAGAUUCUGGAUGGCAGGAUCGCCAGCUCCCUAUGGACCGCCUAUGGCAAGAAACACGUCAAAGGGAUGAUCUACUUGUCGCAAAGUUAUAUGUGCUUCAAGAGCGACGUUUACGGUUUGGUGGGAUUGGUCAUUCCUCUUAAUCAAAUAAUGAGUGUAGAGAAAAAGGAAGAUCCGCAUGAUCGGUUUAGCAACCGGAUAAUUGUUACAACUGUUGAUACCAUUAUUCAAUUUUCAAACAUAUUGGAUCGAGACUUUUUGAUAAGCAAAAUAUCGGAUUUACUCUCUAAAACCGUAACACCAAAAAAGUACGUAGAAGAUAUCGACUGGGAAAAACAAGAACCAUUGAUGUAUCUUUUUCAGGACCGGAACAAUAAACCGUUUAUUGAGCUACAAGCUGAAAAGAUGAAAAAAUGGGAAGAGCACUUCUCCAUAUAUGGACGUGGAAUCUCAAUGUAUCGGACAACAGAGACCAUCAACCUGGUGAUCGACGGUAUCCCGGACGAGUUGAGGCGUGAAAUCUGGCUGAUUUACUCGGGUGCCGUGCACAUGAAGCUCAUGAAUCCGGGCUUGUACAAGCGCCUGGUUGCUCGUGCCAAGGAUCAAAAGUCGUCAACUUUCGAGGAAAUCGAGCGAGAUUUGCAUCGGUCAUUACCGGAGCAUCCAGCAUUUCAAACCGAAAUCGGCAUUAUGGCGCUGCGCCGUGUCCUGCAAGCUUAUGCGAUCAGGAAUCCUGAAAUCGGAUACUGUCAAGCAAUGAACAUCGUUUCAUCGGUGUUUCUGAUCUACUGUGAUGAAGAGGACGCCUUCUGGAUUCUGUGCUGUCUGUGCGAAUCGCUGCUGCCGGAUUACUACAACGACAAAGUAGUCGGGGCCCAGAUCGAUCAAGGCCUGUUGGAUGAACUCAUUGCCAGCCAACUUCCAAAUUUGCAUGUUAAAUUGGGGGAUCUCGGAAUGAUACGCAUGAUUUCUCUCUCCUGGUUCCUGACAAUCUUUCUCAGCGUGAUGCCGUACGAAAGUGCUCUGCAUAUUAUUGACUGUUUCUUGUGUGACGGGGCCAAAGUGAUAUUCAUUAUAGCUUUAAAAAUCCUGGAAUGGAACCAAGAGAAAUUGUUAAACUGUAAUGACGACGGAGAAGCAAUGCAAUUGCUCUCCAACUAUCUGAUGGGAAUAUACAAUGAUGAAGUUCAGCAGAUUACGCACAUCGACAAGGACAGAAAUCAACUUAGGAGUCAAUCCAUUCAAACGCUUAUCUACGAAGCAUAUCAACGUUUCGGCAAACCGAUCACAUCACAACUCAUCGAAGAGCUACGCAACAAACACCGACGGUUGACGGUUCAUCAACUGGAAAAGGAUCUUGAGAAUAGCUUUGUUAAAAAUUUUAAAGACAAUGGGUAUUUCGAUGGCGAGGAAUUGCGAAUGUUGCUGUGCUACACCAAGGACGAGAAGCAGAAUGUCAAGUCUAGCAGUCGGCAUACCUUAAUGUCGGGUGGUGCACCAGAAACCGGCGUCGAACCGAUUGUUGAUGCGGCUCUGCUCAAUGAUUCCCGGAAGCGCUUCCGUGACAGCCGGUACGAUUGCUUCCGGGUGGAUUUUGAGAUCUUCCGGAGACUGUUCGCAUACCUAACGCCGUGGAGUCACGUACAACAGAUUGACCUUGCAGAAAAGUUGUUCCGGCUCAUGGACAAACAGGCCUGUGGUUAUCUCGAAUUCAAACAGUUAAUCUUCGCGCUGGGAAUAAUCUGCUCAAAGAGUGCCACCGAAAAGCUAACCCUGCUCUACGUAUUACAUCUGCCACCACUUUUGUCCGCUCAGGAACUCGAAUGCUGCAGCCUUGCGGAUUCAAAAGAUUCGGACACCGAGGUGGCCACCGAAGCAGAAAGCUUCUUCAGUGACAAUCCUAUCGAGAGUAUCAAAUCGCUACCCUCUCCGAUCGAUAUCAGCCUGGAUGCUUCUUCGGAUGUUGAAAACCUAUCACUAUCGCAUUUCAACGCUACGCCAAACCUUUCCAUCGAUGAGACCGCCUCGAAUGCGGAAACCUCGUCGAUUUUUUACGUAGAUCUUCCCGCUACAGCGUCCAAUUCGGGGACCGGUGCAGGUCCCUGUGGUAGUAAUGCAGAUAGACCUUCAACGGCCAAUGCAAACUUGGGGGAAAUUGAGUCCUACGGUUCCAGAUCUGACAUAAGCGACUUGGGUUUCAACAAAAUCAGCUUCGAAGAUGCGAGCAGUAGUACCAAUACAACUACCAAUGGCCGGCGAGUUCCCGGUCACGAAACCAGGAGUAUAAGCAGUCUGAGAAUAUUCCUUGAUGAGACGGACUUCAAUUUUACCAACAAAAUCAUUCCAAACAUGACACAGAAAAAUUUCAUUGCAUUGUGGACUACAAUGUUGGAAAUCAUUAAGAAAAGCCGAAAGGACGUCGAUAUUGAAGUUCAGCAAGCUUAUAACAAAUUAAUUUCGCUGGGCGAAGAUGCAAUGUUGAAUCUGGACGGUGACAGCUCACAUUUUUCAUUCCCUGAGACGGAUCCCAACGGCAAUCCUUCUGGAGCAGCGGCAGCAUCUGCAAUACCAGCAGUACUCCCACGACAGUCAACAGAAGAACGGCAGACCCCUUCGUGGGAAAUCUCACUGAAUCAGUUCUUAGCAACGACCAUCGCGGUCAGCUCGAUCGAGGAUCACUUUUCGCAACCAUUCUCCGUUAAGACCAGGAUCGAAACGUUGCAAAAAAAUCGAAGGAAGUGCAAGAGCUAAUAAUACGGACUGGGACAGGCGAGAAAGGUAGAUACUUUUGAGCAAAACCUAAUCCAUAUACGUAGGAAACCAUCCCCACACAGCCAACGACCCAAAUGUGCUUGUGAACAGUCCCAAAACAUAAUCUUCUAAACACUAUCACCCGCAGGGGACACAAUAUUUUGCUGUUCAUGCUUCCGUUAAGUUUGGGCUUGGUACAACUAAUCUGCGAUUGAUCAUAUAAUAAUUGUACAAACAGAAAAAAGGGCGUCCUUAAAUCGUGCAGGCUUUGAUAUCUUUUUUUAAGUUGAUCGAUUCUAAUUUCUUUAAACAAAAAAAAAAUGAAAGUGUACCUUUUCAGCGCAAUAAUUGUGUAUUUUACAUUGAAUUUUAUUGGACGAUCGUUGUUAAGCCAUUAUCUCUGAGAUGACUAUUAUUAUUAUUAUUAUUGGCAAUAGAAAACAUAUUUUUUAUCAGA